UGAUAGUAACACACAUAUGUCAAAUUGAGUCUCGAAGUCAAAAUUCGUAGAUGUAAAAACCUGACAGCCAGGAUGCUGAAAAUGUUGAACUGCUUCUUUUUUAUUUCAUCGCUAUGCAUUAGUUUUGUUAUGUCAGAGUUGUGUAUCGAUCCUCUUGGUGUUGAAGAUGGGACUAUUUCCGAUGAACAGCUAUCCGCUUCAAGUGAAUAUUCUUUUUGGCAUGGGGCACAUCGUGGACGACUGAACACUAAAGCAGAUAGCUUGGCAGCAGGAGCAUGGUGUUCAAAAACCAACGACCAAAACCAAUGGAUUCAAGUUGACCUCGGCAAACUGCAUAAGGUACAUGGAGUAAUCACACAAGGCCGCAACAACACACACAACCUCUUACAAUGGGUGACGUCUUAUGAAAUUUUUUACAGUGUCGAUGGUAACCUGUUUCAACCAAUCAGGAAUUCAGAUUUUCAAGUAACUAAGUUUGAAGGAAAUUCGGAUCAAGACACUGCUGUGACAAACAUAUUCCCUGACCCUGUCUACGCACAAUUCGCCCGUAUUCAUCCGGUUGAUUUGCAUGGCCAUAUAUGUUUACGAUUUGAAGUUCUUGGAUGCUCGAAAGAGUUGUGUAUCGAUCCUCUUGGUGUUGAAGAUGGGACUAUUCCCGAUGAACAGCUAUCCGCUUCAAGUGAAAGUUCUAAUAGGUGUGGGGCACAUCAUGGACGACUGAACACAGAAGCAGAAGCAGGAGCAUGGUGUUCAAAAACCAGCGACCAAUACCAGUGGAUUCAAGUUGACCUCGGUAAACUGCAUAAGGUACAAGGAGUAAUCACACAAGGCCGCAACGAACAUUCCUUACAAUGGGUGACGUCUUAUGAAAUUUUUUACAGUGUCGAUGGUAACCUGUUUCAACCAAUCAGGAAAUCAGAUUGUCAAGUAACUAGGUUUGUUGGAAAUUCAGAUCAAGACACUAACGUGACAAACAUAUUCCCUGACCCUGUCUACGCCCAAUUCGUCCGUAUUCAUCCAGUUGACUGGCAUCGCCAUAUAAGUUUACGAUUUGAGGUUCUUGGAUGCUCAAAAGCAUUUUAUCGUUAUCGUUGCAUGUAUAAACAGGUCUUAAUGACAACUAUUGCAUUAUAUUGUGAUUAUAAUUUACGUCGUUAUUAUAAAAGUUUGGAUCACUUAGCUAUUGAAUUUAAUAAUGUCUUAAGUGGAAACAAUAUAGAAUAUAAUGUUGGUGUAGAGCUUGGUGAAGAGCAAGUAGGAUUUAUUGACGGUUACUCCACAAAUGAUAAUAGUAAUAUUUGUAAUAGUAAUUAA